AUGUCAACAUCAACGCGGGUCGCUCGCUAUCAGCAUCUCGAGCGGUCCAGUGCAUCUUGUUGCUGCUGACAGGGUUUAUAUGCGGACAACACAACAGCGCUCCAGUCAGCAUCAGUAGUUGAGCAAGAGCAGACCGAUCACCAUGCCGAACCUGUCGACCCACAUCCUUGAUACGAGCCGCGGUAAACCAGCGCCUGAGGUGCCAGUUACACUGUACCGCCAAACCGUGGAAUCGGGCUGGACGAAGAUCAGUACCGGUAUAACGGACAGUGACGGGCGGUUCCGGGAGUUUUUUAGCGGGGGCCAGGAGGGCCUGCAGGUGGGCGUCUACAAGCUGCACUUCGAGGUGGCCGGAUACUUCCGGAAUCGCAGCGUCGAUACGCUUUACCCGUUCAUCGAGGUUGUGUUCACCGUUGCAAACGACAAGCAACACUACCACAUUCCGCUAUUGUUGAACCCGUACGGUUACUCGACCUACCGCGGAUCGUAGAAACCUAGUAGGCAAGCAUCCGGAUCCUCGUACAAUUAACCCACAUCAUCCUCUUCUAAGCCGUAGCAAUCUGCCUGCUGUACCGGGCUAGCGGUGCAGGUACAAGAAGACCGUAAUGGAAUAAAAUGUAUCGAUGGCAAUAAAUGUUGCUUUAUUAAUCGGCA